AAGAAGGGAAGAAGGAAGAAGAGGAGAGAGGUGGAGAGGGAGGAGGAGGAGGGUGGCGGCGGCGCCGUGGCGGAGGAGCAGGAGCAGGAGGGGGAUGGAGAGGAGAAGGCUCCUGGGUGGCAUGGCGCUCCUGCUCCUCCAGGCGCUGCCCAGCCCCCUGUCAGCCGGGGCUGAACCCCCGCAGAGCAAAGAGUGGAGGGUUACCACCAGCAAGGAAGUGUGAUGUCUCGAGAGUGGGAGUUGUGGUUCAUCGUCCAUUCUGACCACAGUGCUAGACCACAUGCAGAACACGGUGUACUGUACUGAGGAUAAGGAAACCUGUGUGGGUACCAACAAUCAGAGCUACAUCUGUGACACAGGACACUGCUGUGGACAGUCUCAGUGCUGCAACUACUACUAUGAACUCUGGUGGUUCUGGCUGGUGUGGACCAUCAUCAUCAUCCUGAGCUGCUGCUGUGUCUGCCACCACCGCCGAGCCAAGCACCGCCUUCAGGCCCAGCAGCGGCAACAUGAAAUCAACCUGAUUGCCUACCGGGAAGCCCACAAUUACUCAGCGCUGCCAUUUUAUUUCAGGUUUUUGCCAAACUAUUUACUACCUCCUUAUGAGGAAGUGGUGAACCGACCUCCAACUCCUCCCCCACCAUACAGUGCCUUCCAACUACAGCAGCAGCAGCUGUCUGCACAGUGUGGCCCUGCAGGCGGCAGCCCCCCAGGUGCUGAUCCCGCCAGGGGCUCCCAGGGGGCCCAGAGCAGCCCCUUGUCAGGGUCCAGCAGAAGCAGCACAAGACCCCCGAGCAUCAUCGCUGACCCUGAGCCCUCCAACAUCGACAUGCCAGCCAACCCAGCAGCCACCAAAGCCCCUGGAAUGGAGCCCAGCGGCUCUGUGGCUGACCUGGGGGAGCUGGCCCCUGGGGCCUUCCUGGACAAGGAUUCCGAAUGUAAGGAGGAGCUGCUGAAAGAUUACAGCUGCGAGCAGGGCAGCGCCCUCCCCGACAGCAAGGACAAGACGCCUGGCAGACAUCGCCGCUUCACGGGCGACUCGGGCAUUGAGGUGUGUGUGUGCAACCGGGGCCACCAUGACGACAACCUCAAAGAGUUCAGCACACUUAUCGACGACGCUCUGGACGGACCCCUGGAAUUCUGCGACAGCUGCCAUGUGCGGCCCCCUGGUGACGAGGAAGAAGGGCUAUGCCAGCCCUCCGAGGAGCAGGCCCGAGAUCUUGGGCAUCCCCACCUGCCCCGGCCACCGGCGUGCCUGCUGCUGAACACCAUCAAUGAGCAGGACUCCCCAAACUCCCAGAGCAGCAGCUCCCCCAGCUAGAGCAGGCCCUGCCUGUAUCUGAGAACUUGGCAAAGCAACCAGGGUAGGGGAGAACCACGAGAGAAGCAUUAAGUGACUUUCCAAGAAAGUGGUACAGCCACUUGGUCUUUUAUUUUUUUCUUCUUUUUCCCCCCUUUGUUUCUGCAUUUUCCUACAUCUCCAGUCAUAUUUCACUACCUGCCUGGUCGGAGGUGCUGUGUGUUUAAGAAGUCCCCAAGGAAGGAAGCUGAGACCGUGCCCUGAGCAUUGUCGACGGCAGUCCCGUGUUUGCCAGAGAUACUGUCCUCAAAGUAGAGGUUUUCCUCUACCCAUCACUGCAAUUUGCACAUUGCUCCGUGGACAUGCGGAGGCCUGUGUUCUGUUCCCUGUAAAUGGAAACGUGCUCUGAACCUGUCUGCCUCCCUCGGCUGCUCCUGGCCCUCGGUAUCAGCCCCCUGGGGGGUGUUCACAACCACUCGGCACAGAAGGUGAAGGUGGAACUCCAGACCGAAGGCUUAAUUGGAUCUUCAGGGACAAGCUUGGACUAGCUGUGGCCCAGACGUCAGCCCUGCCCAGAAUUGCCGGGAGGUUUGGCAGACACCGCAGGGCUUACCUUCCUAUGCUGAGGUCCAGCUCAUGCCAGCAAGCCGGUGCGUAGCGAGAGUGGGCGCGAGUGCGUCAGCAGCCCUCAGAUGCCUUUCCUUCCACCAUUAAAAAAAAAAAAAAAAUCCCAAACAACUCACUGAAGUGUCUCCAAGAACAUCAGGUUUUACCAAAAUGAGUCCGCCUUCAGUUCACUGAUCAAAUGGGUAAAUUCUGGCCCUCUCAUGUUUCCUUCCCCAUUAGAGUGGGGAACUGGUCUGAGUGUUAAAGUUCACUGCGGCGUCCCACCCUAAAGGCAGGAGUCUGGGGUAAUGGAACCCGGAGCGGGGCUUGAUUCCAGCAGUCACAGCCUGUCCCUGCUCCAGGAGGCUGCCCUGCAUGCAAAGGGAGGUGAAACGGGGAGUUGAAGGACUAGUUAGGGGGCCAGGGAGAUUUGGUGGAGUCUGGUGAAUGAGAAGGAAGGGGUUGGUCGAGGGUUUGGUGCUACAGUCAGAUUUGCAAAUGCUAACACAUUCCUGUGUGCGGCACAUCACCAUUUGUCAGUUAUGUGAAUUUGUGUAUUUUAAGCAAUAAGAUUCAGCUGGUCAGACCUUUCUGGGCAGUCUCGGUGACGCAUUUCCUGUGCUGUGAUUGUUCUGAAGACAGAGUGGCUCUAACCACUGUGAGAAGCCCAAAUAAAAUCAAUCCCAAAAAUCCCA